AUGUGGUCGGUGCCAGGCUCCAGACUGCCCUCUCCCCGGGACUCAGCGCUCCGCAGGGCGGCACUGACUGGAGCAGUGGCCGCUCUCCCCCAGCAUCUCCCGGGCAGCAGGAGCAUCAAAGUCUUCAUCAGCUCCAAUCCCGAAGAUACAGAAGCAGAAAGGAAAUCACUGAAAGAGCAUGUGUACCCGAAGUUGCGGGAAUUCUGCAGGGAAAACUAUGGGCUUGAAUUCCAGGUAAUAGAUGUUUACUGGGGACUGGAUCCAGAAGAAUGGGAUAACCCAGAGCUCCAUAGGAUUCGGAUGAAGCUUUUAGAAGAUUGCCUGAAAACGUCAGCUGGUCCAUGUUUUGUUGGACUGUUUGGUGAAAAAUAUGGUAGCAUACGCCUACCCGGGGAAGUUGAGACUUCUGAAUUUGAGAUGAUUCUGGAUGCUGCUGUGGAGGCACAGCUGGACACAAAAAUCUUGGAGGAGUGGUACUGUAGAGAUGAAAAUUCCGUCCCACCAACGUACUACCUCAAACCGAAGUCUGAAAUGCUGAAAAAUUACCAGAAUGUGAUAGAUACUACUGUAAACUCUCCCAAUGUCAAGAAAUGGAUGAAAAUAUCAGAGGAGAUCAAGAACAUUUUCAAAACUGCUGUAACCUUACUGCAGCAACGAGGAACUAUGGAUAGUAGCAAAGCCAAGAAAUAUCUCUGCUCGGCAAUCGAGGAUGAGUUUGAGUUUGCCCUCGGAAACCAAACACCGGCAUUUCUGAGAAAGUGCGUGUGUUACAUCAGGAAAAUUGCUCACAUUGACCGCCAUGUGAAGAACCCAGAUAUGGGCCGAUACACAGAUGUCAUAGAGGUCAAUGGAAAGCUUAUACGAGACCCAGUUGCAAAUGAAAAGCUUGAGAAGCUCAGGGACGAGUUUAUUCCUACAAUUGUUGCCUCAUCCAACUUAAGAGUAUACACGUCCAUUACCCACUGUAAUAUGAAACUUGGAUAUUCAGAGGAUGUGGAGAACCACUAUGUUGAAGGUCUUUGUAAACAAUUCUAUGAUGAUAUGAUUGAUAUUAUCCAGUCUACAGUUCAACAAAACUUUGAGAUUGAAACAGAUGCACUUUACGAUGAGGUUCUGCAGCACUUGUCCCUUUGUAAAAUAUACUCCUCUCUCUACCAGUACCAAUGUGAGGCUCUGAACCUCAUACAUAAAUACAUACUGCCUUGUAAAGCAGGACACAUGAGUCCACUUGUUGUCUAUGGUGGACCAUGCACAGGCAAAACACUUCUACUGGCAAAAGUGGCAGAACAGGCCUAUUCAUGGCUACAAAAGGAACUGGGCCCCAAUUCUGAACCAGUUGUAACUGUGAGAUUUUUGGGAACAACAGAGUUAAGUACAGAGCUCAAAACACUGCUGCAAAGCCUCUGUGAGCAAUUAGCCAUUAACUAUCGAUGCCUCAUACACAAUUAUCCUCAAAAAAUACAUGACCUGAGGGAAUUAUUCAUCAACCUUCUGAAUGAGUCUUCAUUUCAUCGACCACUGGUAUUAAUUUUUGAUGCUCUGGAGCAGCUCUCAGACAGUGAGGAGGCACGCAAAUUGUGGUGGCUCCCCAUUCAGCUUCCUCGCUCAGUACGUGUAAUAUUGUCAACUCUACCAAACAAGCAUGGCAUUCUGCAAAAGCUGAGGUGCUUGAUACAAAAUGAUGAUAACUACAUUGAGCUGCCGCAACGUGACAGGAAGAUGUGCAGCCAAAUACUUAAACAUCAGCUUCUACAAGUGAAAAGAAAGGUCACUUCAGGCCAACAGAUCUAUGUCAAUGAAGCACUCUCAAAAUGUACUCUUCCUAUGUUUGUUAACCUGAUUUACCAUGAAGUCAAGCAGUGGAGAUCACACAAGGAUGUCGAUGACACUUCACUUUGUGUGACAGUACAUGAAAGUAUUGAGCACCUUUUCUGGUCCCUUGAAAGUAAAUGUGGUUCUAGGCUGGUCUCAAGAGCUCUUGGCUUCAUCACAAUGGCCAAAACUGGACUGAGUGAAAUGGAAUUGGAAGACGUCCUUUCACUUGACAAUUAUGUUCUUAAUGAAAUCACAGCAAACUCUGAGCUUCAAAAUCCACUGCGGAUACCAUAUUAUUUCAUCGCAGGACUGAAGGAAGAACUACGUGGUUACUUAGUGGAGAGGCAGGUGAGAAGCGUCACACUCCUGGUAUGGGCAAAUCGCCAUCUUCAUCUGAUCGCUCAGAAACUGUACCUACAGAAUGAGGAAGAAAUGCAUGAAAUGCACAGCAUCCUGGCGGAUUACUUUUUAGGAGUGUGGUCUGGUGGGAGACCGAGGUUGUUUCAUCCUGAGCAAAGCCAUAACCAACCUCUAGGCAUUAACAAUAAAAGCAUUAAUGAUGAAAAACAGACUGGUGAAAAAACUUUGGACAGGCAAGCCCCUGAGCAGCCAUGGGUUUUCCAAUGCAACUCAUUGGAGCCGGACAUCUUUUUUGUAAAUCAUAGGAAAAGUACUGAGCUCCUGCAUCAUCUGACUAGAAGUGGGAGGACAGAUGAUCUGAUGUACAGUGUCAUAAUGAAUUUCAGUUGGCUGUAUACCAUGAUCAAAAUCGGUCACUUCGACAAAGUCCUUUCUGACAUCGAUCUCGCUUACAAUUAUUCACAGGAGAAAGAACUUAAAUUUCUGGCAAGGACACUGCGAGGCAUCAAGUUGAAAGUUUCAAAGAACCCAAGUUCAUUGUCUGCUGAGCUACAACAAAGGCUUCUACCUGUUGUUAGCUCUUUACCAAAGCUGAGGCACCUUCUAUUAGAGUGCGACAAAGACGGCCCAAAGUAUUGUUCAAUAGUGCCAUUGCAUUCCUCUUUGGAUGUGACGUACAGUCCUGAAAGACUCCCACUAACUGCCAGCUACAUCCACGUGAUCGAGGUGCUGCCUACAUCGAGCCCCAAUGUGAUCAUUGCUGCAUUGGAAAAUGGUUCCAUUACUACCUGGGAUGUGGAGUCACGGCAAAUUCUGCGCCAAAUUACAACUGCAAACUCAGCUGUACUAGGGAUGAAACUUACUCACGAUGAAAAGUACCUGGUUGUGUCAACAACAAAAAAUACAUUGUUGAUAUACGACAAUCAUAACUCAUGUCUAUUAUCAGAGGUGGAAGUCAAGGGCUCCAAGCACUGUAUUGCCGGUGGAGGCAACUGUUUUAUUUAUGGCUUCACAUUAUCGAUUAACCACGCCCUUGCAUGGUUGCAGGGGAGUAAAGAUGUGCAUGUGAUCGAUUUAAUUUAUGGCUGGCCGCUCUACCAGUUCCAUUGCUGGUAUGAAGUUACUUGUGUCCAAUGUUCGCCAGAUGGAGUGUAUGCAUUCUGUGGACAAUACCUGAACACAACCACCAUUUUUCUCCUGGGAAGUGGUGAAAAGCUCUCCACAGUGACAUCAGAGUUUUCUGGCGGGUAUGUGAAAUCUCUUCUCAUCCUGGCUGCAGCACAAGAAAUGGUGAUGAUUGAUAACGAAGGCAGUCUGUCUGUCUGGAAUAUAGAUGAAAUUACUAACCCUCAGCUUAUUGAGGACUUUGACUGCAGGGGAAAGGAUAAUGAAGUGGUGAGUUUAGAGCUGUCAGAAGACCAAAGUGCAAUCCUUAUAUGUAAGACUUUCAGCAUUGAAGUGUUGGACACCAGCAUCUGGAAAGUGGCUGAAAAGUUCAAAGCAAAACGUGAUGAACGCUUCAUAUCGGCAGUCCUCUCCAAAAAUGGUGACUCAAUUAUUGCUUCAAUGGAGCAUUUGUCAUCAAUAUUUGUGUGGCGGAGAGACACUGGACAGUGCAUGGCAAGUUUGCAGGAAGUCUCUGGAGCCAUUGUGAAGUUGAUCAAAUCAAAUCAACACAAUUUGUUACUAUCUUUGACAACCAAUGGUAUUCUUUCUGUCUGGGAUAUAGACAUAAUAACCGCGAUCUCAAACAUUGACAAAACAGGAAAAGCAAUUCAAAGUCUUCUCCUGCCAGGCAGAGGUGAACUGAUCUAUACACUAGAUGGCUCAGAAUCGGUUCAUAAAUGGAGCUUCAGCACAGGAUAUAUUGAAGCUAUAUUUAAACAUGACGGCAUUGUGGAAAACUGUGUUCUCACAUAUUCAGGAGAGCUAAUGGUCACUUCCGACGACAAGGGAAUCCAAUACAUCUGGAACACCAUUACCGGGGACAACAUUUUUCGCAUCAAUGGGCAGCGGAUCUCCCAGCUACUGAUUACACACAACGAUCAGUUUGUAGUCUCACUCUGUAACCAAGGUGUCUCUAGGGUGUGGCGACUGUCCACUGGUCACAAAGUCUGCAAUAUUCUGGUUCCCAUGCAGAAUGCAUUUAUCACAUAUCCUAACACAUUCGUAAUUGGUGUUUCAAAAAACAAGCUGCUGGCUGUUAGCUUGUGGACAGGAAGCGUAACAAAGAAGUUCUGCUGUGAUGAUGGCACAGUCAUUGUAAAUUUCAAGCUUAUCCCCGAUUCUCCAGAUUAUGUGGUUUUCAUUACUUCUACUGAAACGCUGUUUGUUUGGAGUGUGACAGAGGAAGCAGUAUGCAGACGUGUGCAGCUCCCAAAUAAUUUCCUGAAAAACCUGGAGGAUUUUCAGAUAUCUCCCAAUGGGAAACUCGGAAUUUUAUCCAGAGGCGACGACAACAUUAACAUUAUGGAUCUGCACAAUGGAAAGCUGCGCCUCGUUCCUGCCACUGGAAUCAUCUGGCGUCAGAAAUUAUCACGCGAUGGUCGUUAUCUAGUGUACAUUUGCUUUAGAAAUAGCAGUGAAGAAAAUGAUAAUGGGGCUGUGUCCAGUUUAAUCGUGGUCAGGUUGGCUGAUGGCAAAAACAUUGGAGCAUGUUCACUUUACAAGACUCCAGCUUUUCUUUGUCUGUCACCACGGCACCUGAACAUUAUUGUAGGUUUUGAUGAUGGCAGCAUCGGGACCUACACCGUUGUAGACCGAGUCGACGCCGCCUUAAAAAUUAAAAUCGCCACUUCAAACAGUCGUCAGAUUUUUAGCAACGCAUCUCAGCAAAUCAGGCCUAAGCGUGCUAAUUUUAUGUGCAAGUACACAGCAGAUUGCAUAUGGAGAGAAUCUUCUGAGGUCUUUGCCAGAGAUAGUCCAAUUACAGUCUCUGAUUCAAGUGACACACAGGAGACAGCGCCUACCAAAAAGCAACCUUACUGCUCUGAUAAAGCAGUUUCAACAUUACAAAUAGACUAUAAAUGUCAAAAUUUCACAACAGAAAGCUAA